AAUCUACUCGCUUAGAAAUCUGCAGCGUUUGUUGAAGAUAUAAUUCCUCGGAGCCGCAAGAAGUCGUUGCGGUACCUAGGUACUAUCCAUCUCUCCAAGUCACAAUCUCUCAUCAUGGCGACGUCACAUCGGGUUCUCCUCACGGGAGCGAACGGCUACAUUGCGCAGCACAUCCUAGCACAGCUUCUCGAGGCGGGACAUUCAGUACGAGCCACUGCUCGCUCACAGUCCAAGAUCGACGCCCUCAAGAAGACUUUUGCUAAAUAUGUGGACACACCACAGUUGGACUUUGCCGUCGUACCGGAUAUCACCGCCCCUAAGGCCUUCGACGCUGCACUGGCAUCCGACCCACCGUUUGACCGAGUUUUACACACGGCUUCACCGUUCUUCAUCCGUCCUGCCGAUAGCUCCGUCUUCCUAGAGCCGGCCAUCAAAGGUACAACCGAGAUCCUAGAAGGCAUAGUUCGUGUGGCGCCGAGCGUGAAGCGUGUAGUCUUGACGUCAUCCUUCGCUGCCGUCAGAACUAUGACUUCUGAGCCAAUAAGGAACCCUCCCAAGAUUUACACGAACGAGGAUUGGAAUAAGGUGACCCUCGAAGAGGCACAAGCCUCGGAAGAUCCAAAUGUGACGUACUCGGCUAGUAAGAAAUUCGCUGAGAAGGCAGCAUGGGACUUCGUGAAAGAGGGCAAGGGUAACUUCGAGCUUGUAGCUCUUUGCCCGCCAGGAGUCUAUGGUCCAAUCUACGACCCGUCACAAUUCUCCAAAGGAAAGGAACUGAACCAGAGCACCUGGAUCAUUUACCAUAUGUUCCUACGGCCGGGUGUGAAGUCCACCGAUCCCGUCCCUCCCACGUUCUUGUACGUUUGGGUUGAUGUUCGUGACAUUGCACGUGCCCAUCUCCUCGCCAUGACAGUUCCAGAGGCGGCGGGCAAGCGAUUCCUAACAAGCGCGGGCGAUUUGAGCAUGCAGGAAAUGGCCAACUACCUCCGAGAGGCUCUACCGGAGAAGCGGGAUGUGAUACCUAUCGGAGAACCCGAGAAGACGGAUAAGCCAGAAGGGUGGUACGGCACGGAGGAUCCAACUGUCCAAUCGGUGCUUGGUUUGACGUACAGAUCAAAGGAAGAGGCUAUCAAAGACUUAGCACCGCAGCUGGUUGGAAUUGCGGAGAGGGAGGCCGCAUCAUUAUAAGCAGUCCAUUCAUGACUACGUGUCGAUUCUUGUCAAUGUUUAGAUGCAGACGUACAUAACCAUAGGUAGUACAUAUGAUGUAGUUUGUUGGUUUUGAAAUGAAGCACGUUUUAAAUGUCAGCAGCGAACUAGAGAUGUAUUGCUGUGUUAUCGAUAAGAUCGAUCCACUUAUUUGUGUUACCAUUCAUAUCUCUUAAGCAGCAUUGAAGUUUAUUUCGUUAGAUUUGAAUGCGUACUGGCCUUCGUUCCUUCUUGUGUCUCUUGAUAACCACCAUACAAGCUUCUGUAUUAUACACGUAUGAAUAGCCGUGAUUGCUUCGAUUCUCUCAUCUUAGCUGUUUGAAAACCUAAAAGUAGACCCACCCAGCUAAGAAGCUACCCCUCAAUACAGACUAGAAUCCCUGUCGUUGCAGAAUUCCCCAAAUAUU